AUGGAUGGGGGCGACGACGGGGAACCGUCUCCUUCUUCCCCCAGUCAUCCCUCCGAGGAACUCCGCUCCGCCGCGACCAUGACCAAGGGGCUGUCCAUCUUCCUCGAUAUUUUGAGAAGAGCAGACAAAAAUGAUGAUGGCAAACUGUCCUUCGAUGAAUUCAAAGCUUACUUUGCUGAUGGGAUCCUGAGCAGAGAAGAGCUGCGUGAGCUUUUUCACACUAUCGACACACACAAUACAGACAACCUUGACACAGAAGAGCUGUUUGAAUAUUUUUCCAAGCACCUGGGGGAGUAUGAAAAUGUUCUGUCUGCUUUGGAAGACCUCAAUGUAUCUAUUCUGAAGGCAAUGGACACAACGAAGAAAAAUUAUCAGGAGGCUUCUAAAUUGGAACAGUUUGUGACUCGAUUUUUGCUGAAAGAAACACUGAAUCAGCUCCAGUCUCUUCACAAUUCCCUGGAGUGUGCCAUGGAAACUACUGAGGAGCAAACCCGGAAAGAAAAACAAGUGUCAGCAAAGCCAGAAGUGCUCACAAUUCAGCAGCCAGGAAGACGUUCAAGUCGAAGGCUCCAGAGGAACAACAGUUUUUCUCCACUCAGCCCUCUUCUUAACUCAGGCUGGCUGGAAGAAGACAACCAGUGGAUGACCCAAAUAAACAGGCUCCAGAAGUUGAUUGACAGGCUGGAGCAGAAGGAUCUAAAACUUGAGCCACUAGAAGAAGAGGUGACAGAAGGAAACACAAAAUCUCACAUAAUGAUAGUUCAGCGCCAGAUGACAGUGAUAGCAGAAGAAUUAGAGCAGUUCCGCUGUGCUCUGAAGCAAUAUGUGGACACUGCCUCAUCUCAGGACGGAUGUCUGCAUGUUUCCAUUCAGAAGCUUACAAACGAAUCCCGCUUCAUUGUUUAUGAAUUCUGGGAGAACAAUGCCUGGGAUAGCCACCUCCAGAUGAACUACAACAAGACAUUCCAAAGGAGUAAUGUGGACUGCCUGGAAACUCCAGAACACAUUACAACUAUGCUAGUGCCUGCUUCCUGGUGGGUCCUGAACAACAACUAG